UUAAGCAAGGAAUGAACUACUGACUAUUGCACAAUUAAGUAAGUACUGUGUGCUUUUUUCUCGUUUUUUUUUUUAAAACAUGUCCUUAAACCUGGUAUUAAGGAAGUGUCGAGUCUGAGACGAUUGCAGUCCUUUAGUUAGGUUAGUUUAGGUUAUUUUUAUUCUCAGUUUGAGUCUUGGCUCAUUUUUAACAAUGUAAAAGGAAGUGAUUAGUCACUGAACUGAAAAGGAAUCCUUAUUUCAAGAUUCCUUUUUACUAUUGGUGAAAGUGAAACUCGGUCUGAAGAGAACAACAGCAACAAAAUAAAAUGGCCUCUAAUAUUUCAGAGGAGGAUUUGUCCUGUCCGGUGUGCUAUGAAAUCUUCAAGGAUCCUGUUGUGCUCUUCUGCAGUCACAGUGUGUGUAAAGUGUGUUUGCAGCAGUUCUGGGAGACCAAAGGAUCCAGGGAAUGUCCAAUUUGUAGGAGGACGACGUCUAUGAGGAAUCCUCCCACAAAUCUGGUGUUAAAGAAUCUGUGUGAGAUUUUCGUACAGGAGACAAGUCCGAAAUCUUCUUCUGCAUCUGAAACAGGCUGCAGUCUGCACAGUGAGGGACUCAAACUUUUUUGUCUGAAUGAUCAAGAGCUUGUUUGUUUGGUGUGUCGGGAUUCAAGAAAACACACCAACCACAAAUUUUGCCCCGUCGAUGAGGCAGUAACAUACUGUAAGGAGAAGCUUAAAACUGCACUGAAGCCACUAAAGGAGAAACUGAAGAUUUUUGAAGACUGUGAACUAAACUGGAGUCAGACUGCAGAACAUAUUAAGAUUCAGGCUCGAUACACAGAGCAUCAGAUUAAGGAGGAGUUUGAGAAGCUUCACCAGUUUCUACGAGAUGAAGAGGCAGCCAGGAUCGCUGCACUGAGAGAGGAAGAGGAGCAGAAGAGUCAGAUGAUGAAGGAGGAGAUUGAAAAGCUGAGCAGGGACAUAUCAUCUCUUUCAGACACAAUCAGAGCCGUAGAAGAGGAGAUGAGAGCUGAAGAUGUCUCGUUCUUACAAAACUACAAAGCCACAGUGAAAAGAGCCCAGUGUACACUGCAGCAUCCAGAGGAGCUUUCAGGAGCACUGAUCCAUGUGGCAAAACAUCUGGCCAACCUGAAGUUUAGAGUCUGGGAGAAAAUGCAGCACACUGUUCAAUAUGUGUGUGUGUGUGUGUUUUCAGCACCUGUAAGUCUGGACCCCAACACUGCUAAUCCUAAACUCAUCGUAUCUGAUGAUCUGACCAGUGUGAGACGCAGUGAUGAGGAACAGAAACUUCCUGAUAAUCCAGAGAGAUUUAAUGAAUGUGAAUGUGUCCUGGGCUCUGAGGGCUUUGACUCAGGGACACACUGCUGGGAUGUUGAAGUUAAAGACCUUGCAUACUGGCUUGUUGGUGUGAUGACAGAAUCUGCUCAGAGGAAGGGAGAGAUAUACUCCAGAAGUGGGAUCUGGUGUGUGGAGUAUUUCCGUGGUCAAUUUACAGCAUGCUCUCCACCACAGACAGACACUUUCCUCUUAAUAUCACAGAAACUCCAGAGGAUCAGAGUGCAGCUGGACUGGGACAACGGAAAACUUUCAUUCUCUGACCCACUCACUAACACACACAUACACACUUUCACACACACAUUUACUGACAAAAUAAUGCCGUUCCUAAGGGCUAUUGGGUCUCUAAAGCUUCUCCCACUUCAGUGCUCUAUAAGAGUGAAUCAGAUUAGUUAGAAUUCAUUAAUGAAAUACUGUAUUGUAAACGAUUCAUAUUUUUA